AUGGUUUUGCUGGCUCUGGCGAUUGCCGUGCCGCUUCUCCUCCUGCGUCCCUCGGAGACCUCCGCUCAUUACUACGAGAUGAUGGGCACCUGUCGGAUGGUAUGCGACCCUUACAGCGCCAAACCCGGGGGUGGCGCCGUUGUAGAGGAAACCCAGAGCGUCAACGGCAUCGCACCGCUACCACCAAUGGCGCAAGGUAGCCGCGGGGAACCGGGGAGACCGGGAAAACCGGGACUCAGGGGUCCCCCCGGAGAGCCAGGACCCCCUGGCCCCAGGGGGCCACCGGGGGAGCGCGGCGGCAGCAAACUCGCCUUUCCUGCUUUAACCGCGGCAGCGGCAGAGCACAGCGAAACCGACGGUGCCAAUUCUACAAACGGCGGAAGCAGGGUUGCUUUUUACGUCGGUCUUAAGAACCCCCACGAGGGAUACGAGGUGCUUAAGUUUGACGACGUGAUUACAAACUUGGGGAACCUCUACGAUCCGAACACCGGGAAAUUCACCUGCCAAGUGUCCGGGAUCUAUUACUUCACUUAUCAUGUGUUAAUGCGAGGGGGAGACGGAACCAGCAUGUGGGCCGACCUGUGUAAAAAUGGACAGGUCCGAGCCAGUGCCAUAGCUCAGGAUGCGGACCAAAAUUAUGACUACGCCAGCAACAGUGCCGUGCUGCACUUGGACUCGGGCGACGAAGUGUACGUGAAAUUGGACGGCGGCAAAGCUCACGGAGGCAAUAAUAACAAAUACAGCACCUUCUCCGGCUUUAUCUUGUACCCUGACUAAGUCAAAUUGUCAGCAGUUAUUUUCAUGGAAAUAUGUUGUUAUAUUGUGUUUUUGUGUCCUUUGAAGCACAAGGUGAUUAUGUUCAUGUCAGCUGAUGGACAGCUUCCUCAGGAUAGAGGUUGAAUACGAUAUUAGGCUGUGCUGGGUUAACAGUGCGUGAUAUUCCUCCGAAUUCAAACAUCAGUCAAAUAAACUCGUGCAAUCUUGCUAUUGAAACCUGGUCGUAUGUAGGUAGCAACCUUUCAAAUGUUGAUGAACAAAAUGGCGCAAAACAAGCAUCUCAUGCAUCUAUUUAAUUUACAGCACCAAUUGAAUGAACUCUUUCAAGUGCAAUCCGACAAAUCCCAGUCAUAUGAAGCACACAUAAUGACAUGAACAGCCGCACAAAAUAAUACAUCUUCUUGCUAUCAUGAUUUCUUGUUAAGUGUCAAAAGGCAGAUCAUAUUAAUAUGUUUUGCAUUAUCUUAUAAACAAGGAUUUAACACUAUUACUCAUUGUGUUUUAUACAGUUGCAACCUGAGACUAGUGUCUACUUCUGCAAUGGCCAGACCAUCUUUAACCAUGUAAAGCUAAACCUGUGAAAUGAAAAUAUCCGUAGUGAGGUUUAUUGUGUGUGUGUGUGUGUGUGUGUGUGUGUGCGCGCGCGUGUGUGUGUGGUGUGUGUGUUUUCUUACAAAUGCAAGCAUGGCAUCAAUAUCCAAAUUGGAACUAACAGUUACCUAAGGCACACACA